AUGGAGCAGAAAGCCGAAUGGAUAAACGCCGAGGAAACAUUGUUUCAUUUUCCGCUAUCCAUAUAUCCGCGUAUUAAGGAAUUGAAGGAAAUUAUUUUGCCAUUUUACGCUUUGAUUUAUCGUGGUUAUCAAUGGCAAAGAGAUCGUGGAGUUUGGCUGGACGGUCCCUUUGAGUAUCUUGAUGUGCAGCAUAUUGAGGACAAGCUCAAUCAACACCUAAUUGAUUUCACCAAAACCAAUAAGCAAUACAAGACAAGAAUCAAGAUGCAAAUUGCAAUCAAUUAUCCAUACAGCUUUGCAGGAUUAGUAGAUGAUCCCGACCCAUUCCAGCAACCGUCACCUUUAAAAUUAUGUCAUCAAUUGGCAGAAGAUGUAAAAUGGUUUAAGCAGCACGUUGCGUUAUUAGCCAUCUUUCGCAAUCCAGCGAUGCGACAGUUACAUUGGGACAAUAUGUCGGCCAUUGCAGGGUUCGAUUUGACACCGGAUGCUGGUACAACAUUAAGAAAAAUAAUCAAUAUGAACUUGAUGGAAGACUUAGAAAAAUAUGAGAUAAUCAGUAGCGGCGCGACAAGGGAAUUAGCGCACGAGCAAUCACUUACGAAAAUGAUAAGCGAUUGGGAAAGCAUGUUUUUUAUUACUGUGCCAUACAAAGACACACAUGUUUCGAUUUUAACACAGUUGGAUGAUAUACUGAUGCUGUUAGAGGAGCACAUAGUUAAAAUACAGGCAAUGCGAGGAUCGGCUUUUAUAAAAGUCAUCGAGGACGAAGUCAAAUUCUUUUAUAAACUACUUCAUCGCAUGCAAUCGACAAUUGACGAAUGGACGAAGUUGGAUGAUAUACUGAUGCUGUUAGAGGAGCACAUAGUUAAAAUACAGGCAAUGCGAGGAUCGGCUUUUAUAAAAGUCAUCGAGGACGAAGUCAAAUUCUUUUAUAAACUACUUCAUCGCAUGCAAUCGACAAUUGACGAAUGGACGAAGGUGUUCAAUGAAGAAGAUGCGGUAAGAAACAUGCAGAGUUUGGUUGAAAAAUUGCAGUGUAAAACAUACGGGGUUUGA